CCACCACAAUUCACCUUUCCCUUCGCUUAUAGACAAGCCUCUACGGCCGACGCUUCAAUAAUUGACCCGCCGGAGACUAAACUCGCCGCGCCGGCGACUAGGUCGAAAGUCGACUCAAUCCAGCGAUCGAUUAUUCAACGACGACAAGCCCAAAGCUUUAAGUCGAUAUUCUUUCGGGAAAACCUAAUCCCAUGGUGGAUUUGAUAAGAAAUUUCAAUCAACUGCAACUGUCGAGAUUCAAAAUUUCGAAGUGCAGAUCUAGAUGACAAACAGAGAGUGGGGAAGGAUGAGCACUGCAGUGGCGGCAGGGAAAGGUCCGAUUUCAAAUAUGAUUCUUCUGGUUCUACGCAGAAGAACCCAUAACUCCAAAACGUAUUCUUCUGGUCCUGGAGAGAAGCGAGCUGCUAAAAUCGAGCCGCCGCCGCCGCCUCUCCUCUGCCGAAGUACCUCUUCCCUCCAAUCAUCGUCAUCGCAAGGAGGUCCGAAGUCAAAUCGACAGGCGCGGCUCCCGGGUUAGAGUGGCGAUGGAGCAUGCACAGGAUCUCAUUAGCGCGGAUGGAGGAGAAGAGAUGGAGGCGGUGUUCGAAGAAGAUCUCCAGAAAGAAGAAUUCAUGAAAGAGAUUGGAAAAUCGGCAGGAGGAGGCAGAGGAGAAUCUCAGAGCGGGUCUGCGGCGGUCGUUAAGGAUUCUUGUGGCCACCUAGCCGCAGAGGUCGGUACCCAUCGCAGCGACGGGCAGAGGCUGAGAUGCGAAGGGAUUGAGGAGAAGGGAAUCGGAAAAGAUGAUCCAGAUCGGUCUCCUGGGUAGAUGGAAAGAAGGGGAAAAG